AGCUGUGGGACGUUUCGCGACCUCCUUGCCUUCUCUGACGACAUCAUGCUCCAGUUCCUUCUUGGAUUUACCUUUGGCAACGUGGUUGGUAUGUACCUGGCUCAGAACUAUGACAUUCUAAACCUGGCUAAAAAAGUUGAAGAGAUUAAAAAGGACUUGGAAGCCAAGAAGAAACCCCCUAGUUCCUAAGGCCCACUCCAGCACUGUGUUCUGGAUUCACCAAUUCUACUGCUUCUGAG